GACACCCAGUCCUGUAGGAGCCCGGACCCUCCCCAGCGCUCCGACUGGCCCCGGUCGCGAGUCUCACGGAGAGGCCUUAUUUGGAUAGGGCGGGGCCACGUCCUCUUCUAGCCGGCGGCUGCCCGCCCGCCGCUUCCGUCAGCCUCACUGCGGAUUCCUUCCGUCUCGCUCCGCGUUGCUGGAGGCUGUGGUCCCAAUGCUCCCCAAACGGCGGCGAGCGCGGGUCAGGUCCCCUACCGGCGAUGCAGCUUCCUCCACGCCGCCCUCGACGCGCUUCCCCGGCGUCGCCAUCUACCUGGUCGAGCCUCGCAUGGGUCGCAGCCGCCGGGCCUUCCUCACACGCCUGGCGCGCUCCAAAGGCUUCCGUGUCCUCGACGCCUGCAGCUCUGAAGCGACACAUGUUGUGAUGGAACAGACCUCAGCAGAGGAGGCCGUCAGCUGGCAGGAGCGCAGGAUGACAGCUGCUCCCCCGGGUUGCACCCCCCCAGCUCUGCUGGACAUAAGCUGGUUAACAGAGAGCCUGGCAGCUGGGCAGCCUGUACCUGUGGAGUGCCGGCACCGCCUGGAGGUGACUGGGCCCAGGAAGGGGCCUCUGAGCCCAGCAUGGAUGCCUACCUAUGCCUGCCAGCGCCCCACGCCCCUCACACACCACAACACUAGCCUCUCGGAGGCUCUGGAGACACUGGCCGAGGCAGCAGGCUUUGAAGGCAGUGAGGGCCGCCUCCUCACCUUCUGCAGAGCAGCCUCGGUGCUCAAGGCCCUUCCCAGCCCUGUCACAACCCUGAGCCAGCUGCAGGGGCUGCCCCACCUUGGAGAACACUCCUCUAGGGUUGUCCAGGAGCUGCUGGAGCUUGGAGUGUGUAAGGAGGUGGAGAGAGUUCGGUGCUCAGAGAGGUACCAGACCAUGAAGCUCUUCACUCAGAUCUUCGGGGUCGGUGUGAGGACUGCUGACCGGUGGUACCGGGAAGGACUGCGAACCUUGGAUGACCUCCGAGAGCAGCCCCAGAAACUGACCCAACAGCAGAAAGCGGGGCUCCAGCACCAUCGGGAUCUGAGCACCCCAGUCCUGCGGUCCGAUGUAGAUGCCCUGCAGCAGGCAGUGGAGGAAGCUGUGGGGCAGGCCCUGCCUGGGGCCACCGUCACGCUGACCGGCGGUUUCCGCAGGGGGAAGUUGCAGGGCCAUGACGUGGACUUCCUCAUCACCCACCCCAAGGAGGGCCAGGAGGCGGGGCUGCUGCCCAGAGUGAUGCGCCACCUGCAGGACCAGGGCCUCAUCCUGUACCACCAGCACCAGCACAGCCGCUGGGAGUCCCCUACCCGCCUGGCCCAGCAGAGCCACAUGGACGCUUUUGAGAGGAGUUUCUGCAUUUUCCGCCUACCACAACCUCCAGGGGCUGCUGUGGGGGGAUCCACAAGGCCCUGCGCAUCCUGGAAGGCUGUGAGGGUGGACUUGGUUGUCGCACCCAUCAGCCAGUUCCCUUUCGCCCUGCUCGGCUGGACUGGCUCCAAGCUUUUCCAGCGGGAGCUGCGCCGCUUCAGCCGGAAGGAGAAGGGCCUGUGGCUGAACAGCCAUGGGCUGUUUGACCCAGAGCAGAAGACGUUUUUCCAUGUGACUUCAGAGGAAGACAUCUUCAGACACCUGGGCCUCGAGUACCUUCCUCCAGAGCAGAGAAACGCCUGAGCCUGCCUGUGGCCCCCACAUCCACUCAGAAAUCCGUUGCCCCCAACUUGGCCACUGAAUGUCUCCAGGCAGAUAUGCUGCCCCCAAACCCCCACCUUCACCCCUCCCCGCCAGGGCCUAACUCUGCUGGAGGUCAGUUGUGCCUGAAGGAUCAGUUGAGCUGCUGCUGGCGUGCUGCGGGGUGUGGUGAGGUGGGAGCCUUCGGUGCCAGCCUCAUCACUGUGUGACCCUGGGUCUGCUCUUAGCCUCGCCAUGGCUCACAUUCCUGCCAUGGACGGGAUGUGAGCGGGGCGCACUUCAUGGAGCCGUGGCGGGGCUUGCAGUCAUGAAUGGCAUGUGGUCCCUGAUGUGCAGUGUCCCAUCAGUUGCACUGCAGUUACUGUGGCUCCUGCAGGGAGCCUGCCCAGAAUGCCUAGAAGAGAACCACACGUACCUGCGCUGCGUUUGAGAGCCAUGAGCUGGAGGCUGUGGUUCUUGCCAGCAAGGAGCCUACUGUCUGGUGUGCUGUAGGCAUCUGGAGAGGGAGAGGGCCUAGGUAGGAGUUAGGAGGAAGGUAAUUUUCAACUAUGGGGCUUCAGUACUGCAGGGCCCCCAGCCAGGCUCUGUGCUUCUGCCUUUAAGGCCUGUUCUCAGCACAGUGUCUCAAAAAUAGGUCAUAUCCUGCCAUUCCAGUCGCAGAGCCCUUUAAUGGUUCCAAACCCUAAGUCCACACAUGGUCCCUGGUUCUGGCAUCUCUCCAGCCCCACUGGCCCCAAGCUGUUUGACUCACCGGCUUCCUAUUUGAUGCACCCAGGCCCCCUUGUGGCCAAUUCCCUCCCCUUCUCACUGAGUCAGAAGCACUGCAGUGGGCUGGACACGGGUGCCCUCCACAUCCCUCAUAUCGCCAGGCAUACUCUGGCCUCAGGCUUUGAUCCACCUGGAGUGUGCCCUCCCCUUCAGGCCUUGAAUCAAGUAAUUUUGUUAGGCGAGGACUUCCCAGACCACUCAUCAUUAAAAAAUAUUUUGAAAAUGAACAUGCAGUA